CCCCAGACCCAUCAGCGCGAGGUCUCCUCACUCACCUUCCUCUCCGACGUUGAGUUUGUGUCGACCUCCUUCGACGGGACGGUGUGUGUGUGGAGCGUCUGCCCGCGGACCGGGACCAGACGUCUACGGACGAGCCUCCUCCACUCUCUCCACCUCGACUCCCCCGUCUCAGCCCUGGGUCGUCUGUGUGACCGGCGCCUCCUGGUGGCCGAGUUGACGGGGAGAGUCAGCGUCUGGGAGCCGGGGACAGAAGCAGCCAAUGCCCCCCGAAGCUCGGUGAAGCUUGGUUUUGUGCGGUUUCUGGGCUGUGUGUCGGGCCGGGUGCUUGGAGUGGAGAGAGUGAUCCACCCGCAACUGUUCACUCUGGGGGAGUUACCACCGCCCGAGCCGGGAGUCCAGGAGCCGGAGCGGGAUUCCGAGCAGGAUUCUGAGCCGGCGUCUGAGCAGGAGCAAGAGGAAGAGGAACCGGAGCCGGAUUCUGAGCCGGAUUCCGAGCGGCAUUCCGAGCAGGAGCAAGAGGACGAGAAGCUGGAGCGGGAUUCCGAGCGGGAUUCCGAGCAGGAUUCCGAGCAGGAUUCCGAGCGGGAUUCGAAGCCGGAUUCCGAGCGGGAGUCCGAGCCGGAGUCCGAGCCGGAGGUCGAGGGGCUUGACGUGCAGCGGAUCUACCGCAGCCUGCUUCCUUACGGAACGCCGGGAAGCGAGGAGGCCUGGCUGACGGCCGUGGAUGUCUCUGGAACGUCGCAGGAUGCAGAUAUUUCCCUGCUGUGCGGAGACUCGAAGGGAAAUCUGUACAUUCGCCCAUGGGAUGGCAGCAACAUGAUGAUACGUGAGGAUAGUGACAACAUCACCCACAAACAGGUACACUCUGACCGGGUCACAGCCGUGGUGGCCACGGACGACAUCAUCGUCACCGCCUCACAUGACCAGUCCGUCCGUCUGUGGGACAGACGCACCCUCAGACAGGUUGGAUUCUUCCAGUGUCGUGCUCCGGUUCUCUCGCUGGCCCUGAGCCCGGCCUCCUCGAGUGACCUGAUCUGCGGCGAUGAUUUGGGCCACGUCUACUUCCUCCGCCUGCGCCCGUUCCCCUCCCCCACACCCGUGACCGGCGGGCGGGGAGACUCUCUCACUCCCUCCGUCACGGAGCCGUGUUAAAGGGGAGGGAAUCGCACCCCUCUCCGGGCGGGAUGUCUGGGAUUUGCCCCCCUUCACACGCUGUCUCUCCCAUUCUCUGUCUCAAAGCACGGAGUCGGAUUCUGGAGGCUGCGUGUGUGUUUGUAACAAUUCCCCCAUCAAACCCAGACAAGGAGGACCAGGCUCCGAGCACAGAAACCAAAUAAAAGGCACUGCAUCAA